AUGGGUUCUAUGCCUGCAAACGCCGCAGCGGCGAAAGAGUUUAAGAAGAACUUGUCUGUGCAUGUCAUUUGCCCAGAGUGCAAGGAGUUCCCUCCAAAUCUCGAGUUUCCCGGCUCUCACGAGACCGUCUGCGGCUCUUGCGGCCUCGUAUUGGCAGAUCGUGAGAUCGAUAUUCAUUCGGAAUGGCGAACCUUCUCCAACGACGACCAGGGAAACGACGAUCCAUCGCGUGUUGGUGAAACAUCCAACAUCUUGUUGAACGGCGAUCAACUGGAGACGACUAUUGCAGGAGGUGCCACGGGUAUCAAUAGGCAGCUUUAUCGGGCUCAGAAUAAGCUGUCUGCCGAAAAGAACAACAAAUCGCUUCUGUCUGCGUACCGGGAGAUUGGGGCUCUGUGUGAUGGUUUCAACAUCAACCCCAACGUUGCAGAUACGGCGAAGCUUCUUUUCAAGAUCGUCGACGACCACAAGGCUUUCAAGGGAAAAUCACAAGAUGUGAUCAUCGCCGGGUGUAUUUUCAUUGCCUGUAGGCAAUGCAACGCACCUCGAACGUUCUCUGAGAUCUUCGCGGUCACUAAGGUGUCCCGGAAAGAGAUUGGGCGGAUCUUUAAAGCUCUGGAGAAGUUCUUCCACGAGAAGAACAGUGAGCGGAAGGAUACCGUGGGUGCGGAUACGUUAAAGCUACAGACAUCGACCACCAACUUGAGCGAUCUCUGCGAACGUUUUGGCGGAUUCUUGCGCUUGGACUGGCGGGAAAUCAGGGCGGCAAUUGAUCUGGCCGACAAGGUCACUAAGGAUGGCGACCUUGCUGGUCGAUCUCCCCUUUCGAUCGUUGCAGCUUGUCUGUACAUGAUCUCCCAUCUCUGCGCGACACCCAAGUCUGCGAAAGAGAUUUCCAACGUUGUCGGCGUGAGCGAUGGCACGAUCCGUGGCGCCUACAAGCAAUUGUAUGCGGAGAAAGAUCGCCUGCUGACCGAUGAAUUUGUCGCCAGCUACAACGGCGACAAGGCAAACUUGCCGUCGAACUAG